AUGACUGCGACACGGUGUUUGCUCGUCCUCGUCGCGUUUUUCCUCGCGUCGCCCACUCCUUUGCGCGCACAAAAUCUCUCCUCAGCCCAGCUGGAAGGCGUCGAGUACAACCUCUGGCUCGGAGCACAGCAGACAUGGGAGCUCGGCACAGAGGCCGAGGCACUUGUCGAGUCCUAUUCGCCUGCAUUCGCCGUCUUCGCCAAUGCGUCCCUUCCUCCCCCGACUAACGCGUCGCUCACAGGGGGUUACAACGUCUCUACGCUAGACCCGGUGCUCCAGAUAGCGUGCAAUACCAUCGCGUCGCGUAACCCCGUCGCGGGGCCCCAGCCCCUGAUCAAUGUCACAGGAGGUGCGGCGGGGGAUCCAGCCAGCAUUGGCGUUGCGGUGCUGUUGGCGAAUUGGACAGGGGCGGAGGUGCCCCCGAAGAAUACGACAUACAACGAUAGCUCUGAUGCGGCGACACUGACAUAUGCGCGCGCCGCGACGGAACAGCUUAACUACACGCUAUAUGUUGUCCCUCGUACGAGCGAUGGCGCCAUCAGCCAUCGGAUCGAGCAAGUACAGCUCUGGUCAGACAGUGUGUAUAUGGUUCCGCCCUUCCUCGCAUAUUACGGAAUCACUACCGGAAACCAGACCUUGCUCACCGAGGCAUAUACACAGAUCAAACUCUACCGGAAUUACCUGUAUGACUCUGACAUGAGCCUCUGGCAGCAUAUAGUACUCGGGGAUGUCAACAAUGAUGCGGGCUUCUGGUCGACUGGCAACGGCUGGGCAGCUGCAGGAAUGAUGCGCGUGCUCGCUACGAUCGUGCACUCGCCGUGGGCAGAUAGCAUGUCAAGCGAGAUCAACGACUUGACGAGCUGGGUACAGGAGAUCCACAACGGGAUGUACGGACACCUACAAUCAAACGUAUCGCUGUUCCACAAUUAUGCCAAUGAGACGUCGACGUUUCUUGAUGGCUCGAGCACUGCGCUGGUCGCCUCAACCGUGUAUCGUCUCGCGAUGCUGCGCGGCGUAUACACGCAUCUGCCACUUGCGGAGAAGUGCCGGCAGGCACUGAGCGGGAGCGGAUCGGCCGGCGUGUGGGGUUCGGGGAACGGCGUGGGCCCGGCGAGCACGAUCUCGUACAGCAGCGUGGGCACGAGUCCUCCCGGCGGCUCGUCAUCGUCAUCGUUGACUACGACAACAUCGCGAGCUGUGGGUUCACAGACGUCUACGACUGCCUCAUCCUCCGUCUCUUCCACGUCGACGCCGGUCUCGUCGUAUGCCGCCCCUCAGCCAAGCAGCACCGCGCUGGGGGCUGGGCUGUCCCACUUUAACUCAGAGAUGUGGCUGACGCCGGUGGUGGACCCGUACAACUGGAGUGUGCAAGGCGGGUCGUCGCCUGAAGGUCAGGCAUUCGUCGUCGAGAUGUACGCGGCGUGGCGCGACUGGGUCGAGGCGGGGGCACCAGGCGCGAGCGGUGGACAUCGACGGGCGGGUGCGGGUGGCGCACUGCUCGCGGGCUCGCAUGAUGAGGUGUGGUCUGUCGUAGACCCAACUGUGGACGGUGAACGGUCGCUGGAUGCGUCGUUGUGA